UCACCGACGCAGCAGCUAAUUUUCCACUAGAUAAAGUGGGAUAAAUCUUCUUGAAAUCAAACGGAAUUAUAUCGGAUGUAUCUUAAACAUUGAAAAAAAUCAUGGUGAGAUUAUUUAAUCCGAAUCUGUAAUUAUAGUUUAUUAAUUAUUUUGAGGCGCAUCAGGCCAUGAGCUCCAGCAGUCCUAGCAGGCAUCGGGCAGACGGACUGACGGCGUCUGCGAUGCGGAUCUGAAAAUUGGUCUGUGUCUGGAGCAGAAAAACCCUUUCUAAAUUGAAACCAAGGGGAGCAGAUCUCGACCAUGGAUAAAUUUAAACGGUGCUACCGUCGUACUCUGGGCUGAAGAGGAGACCGGCUAAAAGAGGAGGAGAUGGGCUGCACAUCGGCAAAGCAGGUUUCCGCCGUGCCAAACGGUGAGGAGAGCCAGAAUAAAGCCUACAGCAAUGGGGACCUCCUCUCAGAUGAAUACAAGAAAAAAGGAGUGGAGAAAUUGAAGUACAUCAGUGGAGAUCAGGGGGGAGUGGAGAGUCAGGACAGCACAGAGAAAAGUGCUCUUCUGGUCAAAGGCCACCAUUUGGAUGAAAGAGGAUCAAAUGAAAAUGACAAGAUGCUAAGCAUCCACUCC